AUGGGCAAAGUUGGCCACGUUGUGGAGCUCGGCGCCAUUGACGGUGAUGCGUGUGGCGUUGUAGUCAACACCCGGCGGCGUUUGGUGUAUGACCACUGUGUAGCGACCUUGUACUCUAACAAAUGCCAGUCCCACAUAUCUGGCUUUCGCGUGGGCCAGCGCGUGCGCGCCGGACGUGUCAAGGUCGGGACUUGUCUGGCCUCA